GUGCAGAUAAAAAGGAGGGCAGACAAUCUGCCUCCCUCUUCCACCCCCAUCAAUCCACCCUCUCCCCUUCCUUCACCACCAAAACCACAGCCCCGCGGCUCCUUCUGCAUUUCCAGUUCUAACCAAAACCCACAAUUCAUAUUUAAUACAUUUGCUUCGAUUUCAAAUUUCAAUAAAAAAAUUGGAUAAUCGAAGAUUACCCAGAUGGUGUUUGGUCCUUCGAUUUCGUGCUUUUGGAGGCUUUAAUGGUCGAAGAAAAGCUCGACGAUGAAGCUUGGGCGGCUAGGAGGAAGAAGUUGGCGGUAUAAGUUGUUCGGCGGGUAAUUGGGUCACUGGAGAGGCAAACGGCGGGGAAUUUCCGUCGGCUGAGGUUGUCGGAAAGUAUAGCAAGGGCGUGGCUGUGGCUGGGAUUGUGAGGGGGGUGACGCAGGGAAAGGGGGAGGUGUACAGGAUGGAAUGUCAGUGAAGGAGAAGCUUUUCAAAAGCACUUCUUUCCUCCAAUCCCGAAUCCAAUCAUCCCCCGAAAAAUGGCUUCCUUGAAGGAAAUGCUCACUGAAGAAAGACUCGAAAGCAAAAGGUACCCGAAAGGCCAGAAGCCAUUCAAGUACAGAGAAAUAUAUGAAUCUAUGGCUCUUCUGCUGCCUAUACACAUCUGCCAUGAUCGGAAAAGUGGCGAUUUUUUGAACCACAAGGCUCCGACGCGAAAAGGGUUGUCGAGAAGGGUUAGUACUACUUCGGAGAGGUCGAAUUCCAAGUCAUUGGUUUCGGAGAGUUCGAGGACUAGUGAGCCUGCUGCCAUUGAUGAAGUUGCCACUGGAGCUGUGGUUUCUAUACUUAGUGGUUACGUAGGGAGGUACGUGAAGGAUGAGGCUUUUCAGGAAACAAUCCGCGAAAAGUGCAGGUCUUGCUUGGUGAGGAAGAAAAAGGAUUUGGAUAAUGGGAUGUUGGGAAACUUGGAAUCGGGUAUUGAAAGUGUUGAGAAGUUGGUGGAAGAUCAAUGGUCGACGAAGAAGGAAGUUAGGGCGAAAACAGUGAAGAAUUUGAUUCGGGUUUUUAACGUUGUUGGUUCCUCAAAUUCUAGCAAUUCUCAUAUUUCUGCUUGUGCUCAGCUUUACUUGUCAAUUGUUCACAAGCUUGAGAAAAAUGACCAGCUUUCGUCGCGGCACUUGCUUCAAGUGUUCUGUGAUUCACCGGGUUUGGCACGCACACAUUUGCUCCCUGAUCUUUGGGAGCAUUUGUUUCUUCCACAUCUUUUACAUGUGAAGGUUUGGUAUGCCCAGGAAAUGGAUGCUCUUUCGAGCUCAGAGGACGGUGAGAAGGACAAGAAAAUGAAAGCCAUGACGAGAGUGUAUGAUGAACAAAUGGAUAUGGGAACAAAAAAGUUUGCUUUGUACUACAAGGAGUGGCUUCAAGUGGGGGCUGAGGCUCCUCCCAUUCCUCCUACUAUACCUUUACCUUCUUCGAUAAGCAGUUGCAGAUCAUCGAGAAGGAGAUCAUCAGAUUCUUACACUUCACAUUCCUCACUCAACAAAAAUUUAUACCGAUCUGUGUUUGGCUCCACGCUUGAGCGAAGAUCUGUGAACCUCGAUGAUGAAAAAGGAGUUUUAAAUGAUACUUGGGGUUUGGAUGAAGAGGAGGAAAAUCUUUGUGCAGAUUAUGUUCAUAGGGGAGAAAGGUCUAGUUGGCGAAGGUCAUCAAGCGAAAGUCAUAGAAAUCCGAUAAUUGCGCCAUGGCCUGAGUCAGAGACACAGAAGUCAGACCAUUUUGGAUUCUUUAGAUGCCAGAAUGCACCAACAGUAUGCUUGGUGAGCAAGAAUCUCAUAGUCAAGAACAAUUCAAUCCGAAAAGAAGAUAACUCCCAUCUUCGACCUUCAAGCAACUUAAGCCGUGCUAUUAGCACUAUCUGCUCCUCCUAUAAUCUAAGUGAUUGCGAAACUGCAAUUCGUGUGAUUACCAAGGCUUGGUUGGACUCACAUGGUGAUCCUGUCGUUGAGGCUGAGCUAUCAAAGCCACCCGUUAUUCAGGGAAUGUUGGAGGUGUUGUUUGCUUCUAGUGAUGAAGAAAUUUUGGAAUUAGUAAUCUCAGUUUUAGCUGAACUCACAGCGAGAAACGAGAUGAUUAGACAGAUCAUACUGAACUCAGAUCCACAGCUUGAAAUUUUUAUGAGACUUCUAAGAAGUAAUGGUCUAUUUUUGAAAGCUGCAAUUCUGCUUUACUUGUUGAAGCCAGAGGCAAAACAGAUGAUAUCAGUCGAAUGGGCAGCGCUAGUCCUUCGAGUACUAGAGUUUGGAGAUCAGUUGCAGAUGCUAUUCACAGUUCGUUGCAGUCCUCAAGUGGCGGCAUUGUACCUUUUAGACCAGCUUCUUACCGGUUUUGAUGAAGAUCGAAACUUGGAGAAUGCUGGAGAGGUAAUUUCUCUAGGAGGACUGAGCCUUCUGGUGGCACAAAUCGAGAGAGGGGAGACUCAUGAGAGGAACAACAUUACUUCGAUCAUUGUGUGUUGUGUUCGUGCUGAUGGUAGGUGUCGAAACUACUUGGCUGAUUUUCUCAACAAGGCUUCUCUUCUUGAACUCGUUGUACUUGGAAAUGGCAAGAACGCUACUGGCUCCGCAUUCACCUUAUUGAUCGAAAUGCUCUGCCUUAGUAGACGAACAAAGAUCACUGAAAUCCUAGAUGGGCUGAAAGAAGGAUCGGGCGGCUUUAACACAAUGCAGAUUUUAUUGGUCUAUCUGCAGAGAGCUCCACUUGAAGAACGCCCGUUAAUUGCAUCAGUAUUGCUACAGCUUGAUCUUAUGGGAGACCCUUUCAGGAGCAGUGUAUACAGAGAAGAAGCCAUUGAAGCAAUCAUAGAAGCUAUAAACUGUCGAACGUGCCACGUAAUAGUCCAGCAACGAUCAGCAAGAGCUCUCUCAAUGUUGGGAGGCCGGUUUUCUGAUGCCGGUGAGGCAACAACAGAACAUUGGCUUUUACAAGAAGCAGGUUACAGUCAUUGGCCAGGAAAUUCAUUUCUCUUUAAAGAAAACAUUGUGGAUGGUUUUGCACACUCAAACGAAGACGAAGCAGCAACGGAAAAUUGGCAAAGAAAAACAGCCACUGUUUUGUUCAAAAGUGGCAACAAGGAACUACUCGUGGCCCUUUCGGAUUCCAUGGCGAAUGGCAUCCCAAGUUUAGCACGAUCGAGCCUUGUGACGGUGUCAUGGAUGAGUAGAUUUCUCGAUGCAGUCGGAGGUGAAGAUUUGAGGUCAAUGACAUGGUCAGUUCUUGUGCCUCAGCUGCUAGAAUAUCUGAAUUAUGACAGAGAUGUGGAGGAAAGAGUGCUUGCUUCAUACACACUGCUCAAAUUAGCAAAAAGUUCAGCUCAUGAAUAUGUCCCCAUGCUAUCAUCAGCGGACAAAGAUUUGCUCAGGAAACUUCAGAACCUCUCCUUCGUGACAUGGACAGCCAAUGAACUUAUCUCAAUCAUCACAAGCAACUAAAGGCAUCACUGUGAGGGAGAGGCUUCUUACAUGUUAGCAGAGGUUACGUGAUGAGUGUUAUACUCGCGCGUAUCAGGAUAUAUUUACAAUGGCACCCUAGUCUUUCUCCACCGCCAGACGUUGUUCCGAAUUUAUGAAAUACCUAUGAUCCUUGAAAGCAGUCGAGUGGUAAUGGGAUUGGAGUGUCUCUGUUGGGUCUUUUUGUUUAUUCCUUUUUGAGUAUGUGCUCCCUUUAUUUCUUCCAUCAAUGGCUAUUUUUGUAUAGUGCAGAAUAUUAGAGUGUAAAAUUAUUAUCUAUCCAACCAAAAUGUGAUGAGUACUUUAUUUGGUA